CGUUAACUUUCUGAGCCGGUUUGCAACAAGGAACAUUUGAUUUUGCUUUUUUUUCAAACAUGUUUACCCUUAAGACAGAAGCAAGUUACAGUAAAAAGUGCAAACAGUAAAUCAUUUUUCAGGUGAUAUUUGCACACGUGUAAAGAUGCAUGUGCUUGCGCGUGCACACGUGUGUCUCUCUAUUUCUCAAAUGUGUUACAUUGCUAAAGCUGUUCCGGGGAAAGUAACGAAGUGGUUACACGCUGGGCUAUAAAGAGAAAAAGGUGCGUGUGUUUGUGUAUGUGUGUGUGUGUAAACAAGUUUUGUUUUGCCGAUGAAGAACGUUGGCAUUACAUUUAAAUUGAAGAGAGAAGAGUGUCAUGUUUACUUAUUAAUCUUCCAAUUAUUAUUUUUUUUAAACAUGUUGUUAUUUAUUAUACUUAUAUUUUUUUUACACUUGCUUUGGGCCAUGUAAACAAAUGUCAGCUCCGGGCGUGGUUUGGAACGAGCGCAACGCGUGUCAUUCUUGCGGAGGAACGGCUGGCACGAGCCCUUAUCGGAAUGGGCGGGUGACGAGAAGUGGAGCUCGAGCACAAUCAGGAAAAAACCCGCUCGGACAAGACUGGAGCGUAGGAGUGCUGAGCCCAACCAUGCUGUGGCCGGUUUUGGAGCGCUGGAUUGUGGCCGGACUUCUCUGUUUGGUUGCCUCGGCUCAGUACUCAAGCGACCAGUGUAGCUGGAGGGGAAGCGGGCUGACCCAUGAGUCCCACUCCCGGGAUGUGGAGCAGGUCUACCUCCGUUGCUCCCAGGGCAGUCUGGAGUGGCUGUACCCCACCGGGGCUCUCAUCAUCAGCCUGCGGCCCAACACGGAGCCCUCGUCUGGGGCUUCCCACGGCCUCCACGCCUGCAUCAAGCCCCAGGCGGACUCCCGCGGUGCCCAUCUCUAUCUGGAGAGAGCCGGGCGGCUUCACCUGCUGAUGGCUGAGAAGGAGCAGACGGAGGGCCGGGUCCGCUGUUUUCCCCUGAGGAACGGGUCUCUGUUUGUCGAGGCGGUGGGACAGCAGGACAUCAGCAGGAGGAUCGCAGCCUUCCAGUACCAGCUGAUGACAGGUGCUGGGGCUCACCUCUACCCUCAGCCCAACACCUUUAACCCUCAAAUCAACACUGGUACAGACCCUUGUACACAGUGCUCAGACGACCAGGUCCUCAUGGCUGUAUGCACCAGCGACUUUGUGGGUCGGGGCAGUGUCUAUGCCACCGAUGCACCCCACUCAUCAGACAACUUCUCCAUCGCCGUGACGCUCAGCCGUCUGUUCCGUCAGAAGAGCAGAGUGUUCUCCUUGGGCGGAGCCAGAGGAAGGGGGUGGUCCGGGCGUCUGAACACGCCCCCUCAGUGCCGCACGCUGCCGGAGGAAGAGGAGUUUCUGUUCACAGGGGCAGUGCGGUUCGGAGAGGCGUGGCUUGGCUGCGCCACGCACUACCGUCACUUCCUGGAGCUGUACCGGACCGCCCUGGAGACAGGAAGCAAUCCCUGCCACAUAGACACAGACUGAUACCCGCCCCCUUCUGGAGACAACCAAUCAGGGAAUAGGAUCUGGGAACUCAGCACGUCCGGCACGUGGAGAGAGGGAGGACAGGUGCGCCGACUCAACCAUUGGUCGGGUUGACGGGACUCUGACAUAGAGGACUGGGGUCAUAAAGAGGUGGGCUUUUUGAUAUAUGACUGAGAGGGGAUUGGACAUGGCCCCAAACCGUGCUAGCCGAUUGGCUAAAGCUGUCUAGCAUCAAUGAAACUUUAACUGUGUUUGAACAGUUCUAAAUCCAAAUGACAUUUUAUAUUGUCUUAAGACCAUGCUGGCUUUAAAAAUGUAUGUGUGUGCGAGAGUGUGUGGGCAAGUUGGUGUGUAUGUAUGUGUGUGUGUGUCAGUGAGUGUGUGUGUACAUUUGUUGUGUGUAAAUAUGAUACUUGUUGAAAUUACAGUUUGCUUUAUGAAAAGCUUAAUGUACGUUCAGGAGGUUUUCUGACAGGAGUGUGCAGUCAGGAGGUUUUCUGACAGGAGUGUCCCCUGCAAGGCAGUGUGUAUGAAUUAGCGUGUGUAUUUGUUUGGUGGCUGUGAGUUAGCAUGUGUGUGUUUGUUGUGUAUGAGGUAGCGUGUGUGUGUGUGUGUGUGUAUGAGGUAGCGUGUGUGUGUGUGUGUGUGUUUGUUGUGUAUGAGUUUGCGUGUGUGGGUUUGAUUUUGGUGAUUUAGUGUGUGUCUGUGUGUGUAGUAGAAUGUGUUCUCCGUUGUGAGUUUGUGCUGUAAUUGUUCACACAUAAACGUGUGUGUGUGUGUGUCGCUGCAUGCUGCAUAUCAGGGUUGUUCUAUAUAAUAAAGUCUCUUUCCUGAAGACUUCAA